AUGCCGAGGAGGGAGGUAGCGGGCAGCCCCCUUCGGCCAGGUCUCAGUCUGGCCUUAGCGUUGAGGGUGACCGUCUCGGAAGCCCUCAGACACAACCAGAAGACAAAGCUCUGGCCCUCGGCAUGGGCCAGUGGUUGCCCGCAGUUCCUUCGGAAGCCCCAGACUGCCCUGAGCUGUGGGACCACACCUUGCCGUCCCUCAGGGCCAGCUGGGAGGCAGCGGACUGCUCUGUGGCUGAGGGUUGCCACCCUGGCUGCUGUCCAGCCUCUCGUCCUGACCGACUCCUUCUUGUUCUUGCAGGGCUGCCCAGGACAAGCACCCGGAGCCCCUCCGGGGAGUUACUACCCUGGACCUCCCCACAGCGGAGGGCAGUAUGGCAGCGGGCUACCCCCUGGUGGUGGUUACGGGGGUGCUGCCCCUGGGGGGCCUUACGGACCAGCAGCUGGUGGUGGGCCCUAUGGACACCCCAACGCUGGGGGACUCCCCUCUGGAGCUCCAGGAGGACCCUAUGGCGGUGCAGCCCCAGGGGGCCCCUACGGACAGCCACCUCCCACUGCCUAUGGUGCCCAGCAGCCCGGGCCCUAUGGACAGGGGGGCGGCCCUCCCGGCGUGGACCCCGAGGCCUACUCCUGGUUCCAGUCAGUGGACUGCGAUCACAGCGGCUACAUCUCCAUCAAGGAGCUGAAGCAGGCGCUGGUCAACUCUAACUGGUCCUCGUUCAACGACGAGACGUGCCUCAUGAUGAUAAACAUGUUUGAUAAGACCAGGUCUGGCCGCAUCGACGUCCAUGGCUUCUCAGCCCUGUGGAAGUUCAUCCAGCAGUGGAGGGGCCUCUUCCAGCAGUAUGACCGGGACGGCUCGGGCUCCAUCAGCUCCUCGGAGCUGCAGCAAGCAUGUAGGAUGGAAAAAGCGCUGCACAGGGGCUCAGAAAGAGCCACCUCUGCCAGAAGGCAGUCUCCCCAGCUUUGGGACCCGGAGCAUUCCACCCAGGUCGGAUCCAGCCAGAGACGCAGCCUGGGCUCAGGCCGUCAGUUAGCGGGCCGGCUGCUGAUGGAGUUGGGAGAACCCAGCGGGAACCUCUGCCACCCGUGCCUGGGCCGCAAGUUUCAGAGACUGAGGAGGUCCGUGGGGUGGGGUGCGUGUACCCCACGGACAGAACCGAUCCCUUCUUUUGCCAGCUCUGUCUUGGAUGUUGCUCUGUCUCAGAUGGGCUACAACCUGAGCCCCCAGUUCACCCAGCUCCUGGUCACCCGCUACUGCUCCCGCGCCGCCAGUCCCGCCAUGCAGCUCGACCGCUUCAUCCAGGUGUGCACCCAGCUGCAGGUGCUGACCGAGGCCUUCCGGGAGAAGGACACGGCCCUGCAGGGCAGCAUUCGGCUCAGCUUCGAGGACUUCGUCACCAUGACUGCUUCUCGGAUGCUGUGACCCAGCCCCUCCGUGGGGGCACCCGGGACCUGUGCUGCUCCUUAGCGUAGGAGCGGCAUGUGGGCCUCUGCUCUUGUCCUGCCCCUCCCUUCCUGGUACGGCAGCGUCCCCAAAAGGGCUGGGAGUCUCGUGUCACAGCCGCCAAAUAGUGGGCCAGGCAGAGGCCACAGGCUGGGCCUGGCCUAGGCUGGCUGGAAGGUGGAUGUCCUGUCAGCCCUGCGCUGACCUAGCCUUGCAGCAGGAGCAGGAGCGGCCCUUCACUGCAGUGGGGUGCCUGUCCAGUCACCUGGGCUUCGGCCUCUGCCUUUCCCUCUGCCCUGGUGAGUGGACACUGGCCUCCAGCCCUGACCACCGCAGACCACUUCUGCCAAGUAGACCCUGACCCUUCAUGGGACCAUGAGCCCACGGGCACCACACCCACGCCCGCACCCACAUGCCCUUACUUCAGGCCACCCGGAAGCUUUCUGGGUGUCUUCGGCCAGCUACUGCCCUCCGUAGCGUGGCGUAGCUCGGCCCCUCACUUGCCUGCCACGCUCCGCUUGGUUUCGGUCCCCAGGGACAGUUGUUACCGCCUGCUGCCAAUGUUCUUCUGUUUCAGAUGUUUUGUUUUUUUCAUUUGGGGCCAAAAGUGCAGUGAAAUUGUGAGCUUUAAUAAAAGGACAAGCGUCUGGGGUGGCUCCCCCACCAGAGCGCCCCAGCUCCAGGCUGUA